AUGGCUUCGGGUGCAGACGCGGAGUACGUGUUACUCGACACAAAUAUGGGCCAAGUUGUUGUCGAGUUAUACACCGACCAUGCGCCACGGGCCUGCACGAAUUUUGCCACGUUGGCUUUGAAGGGUUACUACAAUGGCGUAGUUUUCCAUAGAAUCAUCAAGGAUUUCAUGAUACAAGGAGGCGACCCAACUGGGACCGGUCGAGGAGGCUCGUCAAUAUACGGAGAAAAACCACUUGAUGAUCCGCACCCCCUUCUAAAACAUAGCGGAGCGGGAAUUAUUUCAAUGGCCAAUAGUGGGCCCAAAACCGAGGGAUCGCAAUUCUUCAUCACGCUUGCACCGACACCAUGGCUAGAUGGCAAGCAUAUCAUCUUCGGGAGAAUAAAAAGUGGGAUGAGUAUAGUCCAACGGAUUGGGUUGGUAGAGACGGACGAGUCGGAUAGACCAGUGACCAAAAUCAUUAUACGCAAAGCCCGUGUGUUGGAAAGAGGUGAUGGUGAGAUUGACGACGAGGCUGAAGCUGAAUCUGGAACAAGGACCGAAACAGAUGCAUUUGGUCCGGUUGAAGUACCCAAUGAGCGGUACUAUGGCGCACAAACAUUCAGGUCUCUAUCCAACUUCAAGAUCAACCAGCCUGCAGAUCGAAUGCCAGAGCCUAUCAUCAAGGCCUUUGGUGUCCUCAAAAAAGCGGCGGCGGCGGUCAAUAUGACAUAUGGCCUUGACGAAAAGAUUGGUAAUGCGAUCCAACAAGCCGCUCAAGAAGUCAUCGAUGGCCAGGGCAAAAUAUCAUCUGAUGAUUUCCCGCUUGUCGUCUGGCAGACUGGAUCCGGGACACAGUCCAACAUGAAUGCCAAUGAAGUAAUUUCAAACAGGGCAAUCGAAAUUCUUGGAGGAAAACUGGGUACCAAGUCCCCAGUUCACCCGAAUGAUCAUGUAAACAUGUCCGCCAGCUCCAAUGACACAUUUCCUACUGUCAUGCAUAUCUCUGCUGUGCUCGAGAUCAACCAGAGGCUCCUUCCUGCGCUGAAAAGUUUACACCAGGCGUUCGUAGCGAAAUCACACGAGUUCGACCAGAUCAUCAAGAUCGGCAGAACCCACCUCCAGGAUGCUACACCUCUUACUCUCGGACAAGAGUUCUCUGGGUAUGCUACCCAGCUUGAGUUCGGGAUCGCUCGUAUCGAGUCUACCCUUCCGCGUCUGUCGCUUUUGGCUCAAGGCGGCACAGCAGUUGGCACCGGUCUUAAUACCAAGAUAGGUUUUGAUGUUAAGGUUGCCGAAGAAGUGUCUCGAAUUACGGGGUACCAUUUCAAGACAGCCCCAAAUAAGUUUGAGGCUCUCGCAGCACACGAUGCUAUUGUCGAGGCAAGUGGAGCCUUGAACACACUUGCUGCAAGCUUGACCAAAAUUGCCAAUGAUAUCCGAUUUCUUGGAAGCGGUCCUCGGUGUGGACUUGGCGAACUGAGCCUCCCUGAAAACGAACCAGGUAUCUAA